AUGGGUGAGAACAUCAGCGAACUGGAGGGCAAGACAGUCGAGGUAUCUGAGAGUCCUCUUGACGCUGUCAAUUUCACACUAUGGGACGAUAAACCCCCCAUUAAUGAUCCGAACCUCGAACUAUUCCACACCACCUCACGCCCCAUUCCUCCGUACUUUUGGGGUGGCAAAUUCUCAUCUAGCAAAGAAACAACCGUCUUCCCAACACAUGAUGGUUAUGAAGAAGCGAGAGAGCUCAUAGGCGAUGGAGGCACCGAGAACUUGAAAAAGCUGACAGGUAAAGCUAUUCAAUAUCUCUUAGAUACUUUUGGUGCUAUGGAUCAACCGGAAGCUAUUGCGUCAAAACAUGUCGCUCGUCUAAGUCUUUCCCAUGAUCUUCAACGAUGGAGAGAAGAACAACAUGCACAAGGAAGAGUUCUGCCCAGCAAAGGUCACGGUCUGAAACCUGUUUCUGAAGAGGUUUGCAAACUUUGGGGGACCGAAAACUGGCCAGCAGCACUUACGACUCACGGGGCAAUGUUCGGCUGCGCGAACAUGAAUCUGUUCAUUGGGGCAUACGAUUCAAAAGCACUUGUUUCCAACUACUUGAAUGACUUGGCGUUUUACUAUGAGCAUGGAUAUCACACAGUUUUUCCAGACUUUGAAAAGCUUCUCAAAAACUCGUUGACGGAUGCUCAUGCAAUCCAGACCCCUGGAGGCCUCGAGCGGAGGAUAUCAGCAGAGAUCGGAAUCAAGUACAUCAAGGCCAAGGUUGAGUUGGAAGAGAAGUACAAAACAAAGGUUGGAAACCGCUCCGCUAUUAUGAGUCGAGAGACCGCACAAAUUGUCUCUCUUUGCGAAAGCAGUCUACUUGGAGUAGCGGGAGAAGCAGCUGCGCGCGGAUACGACCCUGCUGGUAUCAUGGCAGAUAUGGUCUUUAGCUGUCCGGCAACUGAUGUGGUCGAUGUCGGCUGCGACUUGCACAAUUGCGAGAUCAUGAACUCAUUCCUGAAUACCGCAGACUUUACUGAUACCGGAAUUGUGACCGAAGAGAAGCUAAGACGAAUUUACGACGCUUACUCUUUUACGGGAGCACGCAUUUUUGUUGAUCGUUGGGCGGAACCUUCUGCUCGUAUGAAUGCGCAGCUGUACAAGUGGCACAUUCUUAACGACAGGCAUAGGUUUUACAGACUCGCCGUCCUGGGUUAUUCAAAACGUCGCAAGACGCCACCCGAUCAACGAGAAGCGGAUUUUGAUGAGGCUUUCGAUGAACGUCUUCACACUACAGGGUUCAGUCGGCCGUUGAAGUCUGCCUGUGAUGGCGGUGAUCCUUGUGACGCUGUCAAAAGACUGGCUGAGAAGAGUGAACUGUCUUCCCUCAUAUAUGAUGUAUGGUGGUAUCUGGUGACAGGACCUAUGGAAUAUGUUUCCGGUGGUAAGGUGGAUGGGGAUCGUGAAUUAGAGCUAACCGAUAAACUCGGUUGGAUGCUCGCCUUUGCAUACUCAAAAGGCCUUUUUCUUGAGUUGACGUGGCUGUGCUCGCACUCAAGCCACCAUGCUUGGCAGGUGAACUACUUGUUUGAGGCUGCUAUGUUUGGAAGCCUUCUGGACGAUGGAGCUUUGGGCGGAAAGUUGGAUAGAGUUGAGGCGUAG